AUGAAUCUGUCAUUGACUACAAUUCUCUUACAGGCCAAACAAAUGUUUGAUGCCACAAUGCCAGUUAAACCGAAAACUACUUCAAAAUCAAAACAGAAAACUACACCAAAAUCAAAAAGGGUGUUUACACCAACACGCAGAAGCGCACGUAUUCAGCGCAUAGAUCCUUCAGGAGUACCACUCCUAUCCCUGCCAGAUGUUGAACCAGAGGAGAAAAUGGAACGCAAGCCAUUGGGUCCUCUCAAGAUGUCUGACUUGGUGAGUAAUGAAAAUACAGAAGAUAGCACCAAAGUGUUUGCUGCCAAUCUGAAGAACCUUUCCGAUGCAGCUGAACCUCAGAAGCUGAAAACACCUACUUCUGCAUCAUUAGUAAGUCAAGGACUUGCUGAUGGUGGAGCUGUCUGUUUUAAUCCCCACACCAAACCAGUCAACUGUCUUGCAUUUAAUCCAUAUAAUCUACACCAGCUGUACUCUUGUAGUUAUGAUGGUACUCUACGUUGUGGCUACUUUGAAAAGGACAUUUUUGAAGCUAUUUACUACACUCCAGAAGAAGAUGAUGUGUUGUUACGCAACUUUUCCUUCUUUGAUGCUAACACGCUAUUUGUCUCACAAAGUGAUGGAGAUGUUGCUGUUGUUGACAUACGUACAAAAAGUGGCAAACCUGAAAAUUUGUUCACAGCAAGCCACAAAGGCCUUCGUUCUGUUGAUAUCCAUCCUGUAAAAAAGGAAUAUUUUGUUACUGCGGGGCUAGACUGUACAGUAUCAUUAUGGGACCUGAGAGCAACCAAGAAGAAACCAAACAAGAUAUGUUCUAUGUCUGCCUCCAGAAUGGUCGACAGUGCUUAUUUCUCACCCCUCACAGGGAAAUACAUCCUCUCCACUGCACAAGACGACAGAAUCAGAAUAUAUGAUAGCAGCAAAUUAUCUUCAAGCAUGCCGUGUCUCCAUUCCAUUAGCCACAACAACCAGACUGGUCGAUGGCUUACCAAAUUCCGUGCAACUUGGCACCCAUGCAGAGAGGACCUGUUCAUAAGUGGCAGUAUGAAUCGACCAAGACAGAUUGAGUUGAUCAACGACGAAGGUAAAUGCAUGAUGGUUCUUCACCAUCCAGAACUGAUCAACUCUGUCCAGUCACUGAAUGAAUUCCAUCCGACCAUAAAUGCUGUUGUUGGUGCCAAUGCCAGUGGAAAACUUCAUGUCUUUAAGUAAAAAAAAAAUA